AUGGCAUACAACGUUACUGGUUUAAUCUUUUUGACGUUGCUCGUACUCUUCAGUUGUGCGCAAGCUACCAUAAUAACGAAAGGAGGCCGUUUCAUUGUCGAUGAAGGUGACAACGUCGAAUUACCCUGUAAUAUACGUAACAUUGCGGAAGAUACAGUAGUGAUAUGGAAACGAGGAGAACUUGUAUUGUUCACUGAUGAAGAAGUCUUUCAUGAGGAUCAACGAUUUCAACUGCGCAGGAAAGAUAAUAAUUUUAUAUUAGUUAUCGAACGAGUGGAGCCAUAUGAUGGUGCCAAAUAUAUAUGCGAAAUAACAUCACCUGAGAUGUCAAUAACGCAUGUAUUGGAAGUGAACGUACGUCCUAUGGUUUCUAUAUCGCCGGAUGCAAAUCCCUUGCUGAUGAAUGUUGGCGAGAACGUGGUCAUAAAAUGCUCAGUAUCUGGUAAUCCACCACCAAAAGUUACAUGGACUCGGCAGGAUGGCCAAAAAAUGCCAACAAGAGCUACAUCAAGAGAUGGACAGCUCAGGAUAACUCGUGUGACAAUGAAUGAUAGCGGUAUCUAUGAAUGCACAGCAUCAAAUAAUGUCGGCAUCGAUGCGCAUGAUACUAUCGAAGUCCUAGUGCAGGCAAAUCAGUACGGAGCGCAUGAGCCGUCAGCACCUUGGGUGGAUUCAGUAUAUACAUAUAUGCCAGUAAGGUUAGAUCAAGAUAUCAAUUUAACCUGUAAAUAUAACGCCGAACCAUCACCUCAAGUUGAUUGGAUCUACAAUGGAUUCACAAUUAAUUUUUCGGACGACAAAUUCAAAGGUUUAAUACAGUAUGCUGCCAGACGGGAUAAUUACAGUGAAUCCAUUCUAGCAAUCGAAAAUAUCAAGGAAGAUAAUUUUGGUGAUUACACAUGUCGUAUAGCGAACAAUCUUGGUAUAAAAGAGAAAACCAUUUAUGUCAGCGGUCGACCGGGACCACCUCAUCUAAACGCAAGUGGAAUCCGGCUUUCUUGGAGCGUACAUUCGAUGGAUCCAGUCAUCGAAUACCAAAUUUUAUAUCGAUUCUCCAACGAUGAUACAUGGCAGCAAUUCAAGUCAAUAAGAGCGAACAAAGAGGAGCAAGAUGGUGAUAUUUGGAGCGGAAGCGAAGAUUUAGUUUGGCUACGACCAGGCUUAGAAUACGAAUUACAAAUGAAAGCACGAAAUACACUAGGGUGGGGCUCUUUGGCUCGAUCUUAUGUUAUAAUGAAAAUACCGCCCUUUGACAAUGUGACCAGUGACAAAAAAGUAAACGCAGUAAAGCGGAUAUAUGCUUCACGAUCAUGUUUGUCCGUCGUUUCAUUUAUUGCUGCAUCGAUUUUCCGAUUAUGA